UUGCCUCACCCAUCGACAUGGCUCACACUCAGUUCCUCGGCGUCGCCUCCAGUUUGCUGCUCCUCCUGGCCUCCACCCGGGCGGGAUUAGUUGCCCAUCCGGGCGUUGGUUACGCGGUGAGCGAUGAGCACGCGGUGGCCCACACCCAGCAGAACGUGGUGAGGAGCUUCGACGGCACCGUCUCCCACUACGCCAAGUCCCUGGCCACGCCCUUUUCGCAGGUGCACAAGCAGGACACGCGGAUCAGCAACAACGUCUACCAGCCGGCGGUGGCCAAGACCUUCAGCUACGCUCCCGCUCCGGUUCCGGUCUCGAUCCCGGCUCCGGUCCACUUCCAGCACGCCCAGCCGGAGCCAUCGCAGCUGUUCACCCAGGCAUCGCCGGUUUACCAACAGCCCGCUCAGAUUGAGACCUCUGCGAUUCACCAUCAGGCCGCUCAGGUCGAGGGUCUUUCGGCUUACCACCAGCCCGCCCAUGUCCACACUCCCUCGGUUUACCAUCAGCCCGCUCAGGUUCAGAGUCCCUCGGUUUACCAUCAGCCAUCCCACUACGGCCACCAACCCGCUGUCAUCCAAUACUCUCCGGCGGAGACCGUUUCCCACAUGAGCUUCGAUGGUUUCGGUACCCACUAUGGAUUCUGAACUAGUUUAAAUAAAUUAGAAUAACACUAAUUACAUAUAUGAACGCUUUACAAAAUAUAUAUA